AUGGUCCUCACUCCCAAAUGCUGGCGACACAGCGAGAUCACGGACUUUCUGCUGGAUGCAUUGGAUCUAGGACACUAUGAUUUGCAAGGAUACAGGCUCGAUGCUUUGAGAAAUUCUCGCGAUAGCUUUUGGUUAUCGUUAGGCGAAAGUGACGAAGAGCGCGACAAAAAAUUCAACAGCCUUCUUGAGCAGAAGUCAUACUGGUUAGUCAAAUUGGAAUCUGCAUUUCCGAGGCGCUCGAAAACAUAA